AUGGCUUUUUUCAACUUUGAUGGAUGUCCAGAUAAAUGAGAAUCUCUGAACAAUGCACAAAAGAAAAUCAAUAGCGAGGACUGGUUGAAACAGAGUAGGUGACGUCUCUUGAGAUCAUAUGCUGUUUAUCCUGGGGGGAAUAAUAAAGAUACAGAGGCAUUGAGGCUCAGCCUGUAUUAUUGCAUUGUUCUUUAAGAGCGGGCCUUCAGAUUGUUUGCGGAGGGUAUUUCAGAGGAAACACUGUAGCCUACAUAGAUAAGGAGAAGUGAGACCAACAGCCACGUGCUGCACACACUACAUUUUGUCGUGAAGGACAUACGUUUCUCAAGAGACCUGCCUCCUGGACCAAGUGUUAGAGCUGAUUAUGAAUGAGAAGCCCCCCACCAGUGCCAGUCUAUUCCUAAACGAGGACUCGGACAAACCCCCCCUACCAGAGAGAGGAGACCUAAAGAGGUGCAUACGCAGAGCCAUGGAGAGGAGAGCCAGCAGCCUGAAGGAGAGGAUGAGCUCCAUCAGUCGGGAGAGCGUCAAAGGUUUCCUCAAGAAGAACCUGUUUGUCCUCUUCACCAUUGCUGCCGUAGUUCUGGGUGUUAUCUUGGGCUUUGCUUUACGCCCACACAAUCUGUCCCUGAGGGAGAUCAAGUACUUUGCAUUUCCUGGGGAGCUGCUGAUGAGGAUGCUUCAGAUGCUGGUGCUGCCUCUCAUUGUCUCAAGUCUGGUCACAGGUAUUUCCUCCUUGGACAGCAAAGCUUCAGGUAAGAUGGGUGUGCGUGCUGUGAUCUACUACAUGGUGACCACUCUGCUGGCUGUGUUCAUCGGGAUUGUCAUCGUUGUGAUCAUUUGUCCUGGGAAAGGCAGCAGGGACAGUCCUGUGGCCAACAGUGGAAACAUAGAACCAGUUCAGGCUGCUGAUGCUUUCCUGGAUCUCAUCAGGAACAUGUUCCCUCCCAAUCUUGUAGAGGCCUGUUUUAAGCAGUAUAAAACUGUAUACAAGAAGAUUGUGCACACAAGGAAUGUCACAGUGACUCUGAAUCUCACCAACACUCUAAAUAUGUCAGACUCUAACUUCAGCAAAGUGCUGCACACCAUACAGGAGACAGUGGAGGAGACUGUCCCUGUGUCUGGUUCCUCUGGUGGAGUGAACGCUCUGGGUUUGGUAGUUUUCUCCAUGUGCUUUGGUCUGGUCAUUGGCAACAUGAAGCAGCAGGGUCAGGCUCUCAGAGACUUCUUCGACUGCCUUAAUGAAGCCAUCAUGAGGCUGGUUGCGAUCAUCAUCUGGUAUGCUCCAGUGGGCAUCCUGUUUCUGAUUGCUGGGAAGAUUGUUGAGAUGAAGGAUCUGGCCCAAGUGGGAGGCCAGCUUGGGAUGUAUACUGUGUCAGUUAUUGUGGGUCUCCUUAUUCAUGGCCUCUUCGUCCUGCCGUUGCUAUUCUUCCUUGUGACCAGGAAAAAUCCAUAUAGCUUCAUUGGCGGUCUUCUGCAGGCGCUCAUCACUGCUCUGGGAACCUCAUCCAGCUCUGCUACCCUGCCCAUCACCUUCCGUUGUCUGGAGGAGAAUAAUCGUGUGGAUAAACGUGUGACACGUUUUGUCCUCCCUGUGGGUGCCACCAUCAACAUGGAUGGAACGGCCCUCUACGAAGCUGUGGCAGCUAUUUUUAUCGCUCAAGUCAAUGACAUGGACCUGAACUUUGGACAGAUUCUCACAAUAAGUAUCACAGCAACCGCUGCCAGCAUCGGAGCAGCAGGCAUCCCUCAGGCUGGCCUGGUUACCAUGGUGAUCGUAUUGACAUCGGUGGGACUGCCCACAGAGGACAUAACACUGAUCAUCGCUGUGGAUUGGUUCUUGGACCGCUUGCGUACCACCACCAACGUGCUAGGUGACUCGCUCGGGGCGGGCAUUGUGGAGCACCUCUCCCGUGGAGAGCUGCAGAGUCAGGAUGCUGAUGUUUGCAACUCUGUGCUGGAAGAGAAUGAAAAGCCCUACCAGCUUAUCUGCCAGGAAAACGAUUCACACAAUCACCGCAACAGUGAAACCACAAUGUGAUGAGACAAGAGACAGGACCUUCAGGUAUUCGUGUACCACAAACAUCUAGCCAGAAGUUUGACUUUACUUGGUAAAAGAAAAGUCGUAGGUAAAUAAAAGGUCUUGGUCAGUGUUCAGAGAUCUGAUCUGCCCCUGAAAGGAAAAAGGUACACAUGCUGUUUGUGGAACAGUUAACAAUACUAUACCUACAAUCCAACUCAGUGUUUCUGCCUGCAGUGCCAGUUAUUUGGGGUAUUUUAACUGUUGAACUCUGUGUCAGGCAAGCAUAAUAUGUCAACAACUGUGAAAAGUACAUUUCAAAUUCUACAGUUUAUCAUGUUUUUAAAAAGUUUUAUAUAUGAUCCACACAGCAAGAGCAUUAUACAUCCCUAACCAGCAUUAGUGUUUAAAUACAGACACCCACCUUCAUAAAGAAGUGUAAAACAGUCGAUUUUCUCCUGUUAUUACUAUGUUAUUCAUGACAAUCUUCUCUUGUUCUGUUGCAUGACUUAACACCUGAUGAUAUUUUCUUUCAUAAACACUCAUUUUUGUCAAUAUCAUCCUGACUACCUCUAACAGGACUAAGAAUUAUAUGAAUCCUCUUCAACAACACACAUAAAAUUCUCUGAAGCAUAUCAGCAAAAUGUAAAUAAAUCAAUUUCAGAAUAGUUUUGCAUCCAGUAUUUAACUUUUUAACAUUUUUCUUGUUAUUUAAGUUGCUUGCACAAAGUUAUUGUACAGAUUUGAAGGUACUUGACUGUUAAACACUUCAGAAGUGUCUUUACUACUUAUUGUUUUGUAGUUUAUAGAGGUUUGGUUUUGUAAUUAUUUGGUAUAUAUUUCAAGUGACUUGGUAGAUUUUUUCACUCAGUGCUUUCUUACAAAUCCUAUCUGUGUAUUUCCUGUAUUUUUUCCUUUGGUGCAAAGACGUUUAAGAUUGUGGGACUGCUAUGCUACAAAGUAGUCCAAAGGAUAGCUGUAGUUAUACUUGUUUUUAACUUUGAUUUUCUCAUAGCAAAUGCCCUUAAUUCAGGAGUAUGAUCAAUAGCACUAUAUCAUACGAUGUGAUCAGUCCUGCAUUGGAGAUUAUUUACUUAUAGAAUAUCAAUGAAAGUAAUUCCAAGACAACAUAGGACCGUUUGUUUUUUUUUUUUUUCAACAAAAUGCUAAAACACCAUCACUCCUGCCUGCUUCCUGCUUGAUAAGUCAUAUUAUUAUGUUGGUUAUAUUCUAAUUGGAAUGAUACAUAUCAAUCUAUUGAUUGAUUCUUUUUCAUCGUUUUGUGAACAGGUACUGUGAAGAAAGUUUGUAAAUGCCUUGAGAAAUUGAAUGUACUUUUGCUUUUUGCUUUAGUAGUUGAUUGUUUUAGAAGAUUUAAUUAUUAUGAAAGUGAGAUGUUACAGCUAUUUCAGUAAAAGGUCUGACUUAAUUGCUCAUUUAGGGGUUUUACUUGGUUUUGAUGCUUGAUGUUAUUUCAGUAGGAAGCUCGACGUUUUGAUGGACAGUUUAUGAAACGUGGCAAAUAAAUGG